AUGGACAGACUGAUCAAACCAGAAGUUCAAGAACUCAACUUCUCAUUCACCAAAGGCCACAAAUGCACCCAAUCCUUCAACCUCACAAACCUGAUGCACACCAUGCCGGUUGCUGUUUCCCUCACAUCAACCGAUCCAUCUCUUUUUUCCCUCCACCCUUCUCUCUCUGUCAUCCCACCUCUCUCCACUGCUUCCUUCUCCCUCUCCUUGACCAAGCCUUUCGACCAGCCUCCUCUCUCCACCCCUCCAGCCGUCGUCGUUCGCUCCUCGAUGCUCCCCACGAGAAAGGCCAGCCAUGAUCACCUCCUCCACCUCUUCUCCAAGCCCGGCCCUCAUAUCUUCAAGGACGCCACCAUUCCCAUCUCUUUCGUCGGCCUAAAUGUCGCGCAGUUUCUCCUCUCGCCUUGUUCCAAUUCCCUCGAGCUCGAUUUCCAGUUCUCCAAGGCCAUCUCUGUCUGUGAUGAGAAGCAGCUCUCCUCUCUGCUCAGAUCCGCAGUUGCAAAUGGGAAAUCUCACUUCAUUUCGACGCUGAUCGAGGCAGGGGCGGAUGCUGUUAGCUGCAGAGAGAGGUGUGAUGAGGAGAGUCUCAUGUGUUUAGCUGUCAAGUCUGGUAAGACUGAGUCUCUGGAGAUCUUGAUUGAAUCCGGAUGCGUGGUUGAUCCUAGCGUUGACCUUCUGUUACACGUGGCUGCUGCGGCGAACCACGUGGACAUGAUGGAGAUCGUGUGCCUGAGCUACGUGGAUCUUGAUCUAAACGCAGUCGAUGUGCAGGGCAGGACUGCCCUGCAUAUCGCUGCGCUGAAUGGCCAUACUGCGGCCAUUCAGUUUCUCAUCUCAGUGGGGGCUGACGUGGACGUCACCGACCGCGAGGGGUGGACCCCGCUGCAUUUCGCAGCGGAGAAUGGCCACCUGGACGCGGUGGAGCGGUUAUUAGGCCAGGCGGUGUUUGCCAAGUACGCGGUGAACAGGGAUGGGAAGACCGCGUUUGGGCUGGCGGUGGAGAGGGGGAACUCGCACCUCUACGACGCGCUGCAGCUUGGGGACGCGCUGCAGAGGGCGGCGAGGCUGGACGACGUGCACGCGAUGAAGAGCUGCCUGGCUCAGGGGGCGAAGGUGAAUGGGGUGGAUCAGAAUGGAUGGAGUCCCCUGCAUAGGGCGGCGUUCAAGGGGCAUUUGGAGAGUGUGAGGCUUCUCGUGAGCCACGGGGCUCGGGUUGAUUCGGUUGAUGGGUCGGGAUAUACUCCGCUGCUGAGGGCGGUGGAGGCGGGGCAUGUGGAGGUAGCCAUGUACCUGUUGUCUCAUGGGGCUAAGGCCAGCCUCAAGAGUUUGAGUGGGGUGGUCAAGUUUGAUUUGGAGGGUUUCAACAAACAUCCUUCUCUUGUCAACCCUUUACAUUAG